GAGGGAGCUGUACAGUGACAAGAGAUUACGGAAGUGUUUGCAUCAGAUUACAGUUCCAGCAGCUCACCAGUGUUUGGCAAACACCGUACUGGUAACACAGAAAAUAACUAGAAGUUCCAUCUUGAGAGACAGAAGGGCCGGUGACAGAAGCGAUGAUGGAGAAUGACGGGGUCCCCACGUCACUGGAAUUGCAUGAAGAUCCAUCUGUUCAAAUUAAGGAAGAAACUAUCCCUAAUGAAAAUCUACAUCCUGGCAUUAAGCAGGAAUUAGCGUUAUGUGAUGUUGCGUCAGACACUGACAUUUAUGUUCCUACAUAUCAUACACAGUAUACAUCUACUCAUAUUAAGGAGGAACCAGUCUCAUGUGACGGAGGAGACCUCAAACACACUGACAUGUAUACAUCUACUCAUAUUAAGGAGGAGUCAGUCUCAUGUGAUGGAGGAGACCUCACACACACUGACAUGUAUACACCCACAGGUCAUACACAGUAUACAUCUACUCAUAUUAAGGAGGAACCAGUCUCAUGUGACGGAGGAGACCUCAAACACACUGACAUGUAUACAUCUACUCAUAUUAAGGAGGAGUCAGUCUCAUGUGAUGGAGGAGACCUCACACACACUGACAUGUAUACACCCACAGGUCAUACACAGUAUACAUCUACUCAUAUUAAGGAGGAACCAGUCUCAUGUGAUGGAGGAGACCUCACACACACUGACAUGUAUACACCCAGAGGUCAUACACAGUAUACAGCUUCUCAUAUUAAGGAGGAACCAGUCUCAUGUGAUGGAGAAACCCUCACAGACAAUGACAUUUAUACACCUACAGAUCAUACACUGUAUACAGCUUCUCAUAUUAAGGAGGAACCAAUCUCAUGUGAUGGAGGAACCCUCACAGACAAUUACAUUUAUUUUCCUACAGAUAAUACACAAUGUACAUCUACUCAUAUUAAGGAGGAACAAGUCUCACGUGAUGGAGGAACCCUCACAGACAGUAACAUUUAUAUACAGAAAUCAGAUCUUGUUAAACAUCAGAAAAGUCACACAGUAAAUGUGUCAUUUCCUGAUCCAGAGACAGAAGGGUCGGUGACAGAGGAGAUGAUGGAGAAUGACGGGGUCCCCGUGUCACUGGAAUUGCAUGAAGAUCCAUCUGUUCAAAUUAAAGAAGAAGCUAUCCCUAAUGAAAAUCUACAUCCUGGCAUUGAGCAGGAAUCAGCGUUAUGUGAUGUUGCGUCAGACACUGACAUUUAUGUUCCUACAUAUCAUACACAGUAUACAUCUACUCAUAUUAAGGAGGAACCAGUCUCAUGUGACGGAGGAGACCUCAAACACACUGAUAUGUAUACAUCUACUCUUAUUAAGGAGGAACCAGUCUCAUGUGAUGGAGGAGACCUCACACACACUGACAUGUAUACACCCACAGGUCAUACACCGUAUACAGCUUCUCGUAUUAAAGAGGAACCAGUCUCAUGUAAUGGAGGAGACCUCACACACACUGACAUGUAUACACUCACAGGUCAUACACCGUAUACAGCUUCUCAUAUUAGGGAGGAACCAGUUUCAUGUGAUGGAGGAACCCUCACAGACAAUGACAUUUAUUUUCCUACAGAUCGUACGCAAUGUACAUCUACUCAUACUGACGAGAAACUAGGAUCUUUCAGUGGUGAAUUAUGUUUUAGUAACAGGUUUAGUCAUGUUGGACACCAGAGGGAAAAAAAUCAAAAUAGAGACAAAUCUUGGUCCUGUCCUGAAUGUGGGAAAUGCCUUGCUAGUAAAACAUCACUUAAUAGGCAUCAGAAGAGUCACACAGGACAAAAUCCAUAUUCCUGCUCUGAAUGUGGUAAAUAUUUUAGACAGAAAUCAGAUCUUGUUGUACAUCAGCGAAGUCACACAGGUGAGAGGCCAUUUCCAUGUUCUCACUGUGGGAAAUGUUUUACACAGAAAUCAGAUCUCGUUAGACAUCAGAAAAGUCACUCGGGUGAGAAACCAUUUCCAUGCUCUGAGUGUGGGAAAUUUUUUACACGUAUAUCAAAUCUUGUUAUACAUCACAGAAGUCACACAGGUGAGAAGCCGUUUCCAUGCUCUGAGUGUGGGAAAAGUUUUACAAUGAAAUCAACUCUUGUUACACAUCUGAGAAGUCACACAGAAGAAAAACCAUAUACCUGCUCUGAAUGUGGGAAAUGUUUUAGACAGAAAUCAGAACUUGUUAUACAUCAUAGAAAUCACACUGGUGAGAAACCGUUUCCAUGCUCCGAGUGUGGGAAAUAUUUUAGACGGAAAUGCCAUGUAGUUCAGCAUCAGAGAAGUCACACAGGUGAGAAACCAUUUCCAUGUUCUGAGUGUGGGAAAUGUUUUACACACAAGUCACAUCUUGUUACACAUCAUAGAAGUCACACAGGUGAGAAGCCAUUUCCCUGCUCUGAGUGUGGGAAAUGUUUUACAAUUAAAUCAGAUCUUGUUAAACAUCAGAGAUUUCACACAGGUGAGAAGCCAUUUCCAUGUUCUGAGUGCGGGAAAUGUUUUACUCAGAAAUCAGAUCUUGUUAAACAUCAGAGAAGUCACACAGGUGAGAAGCCAUUUCCAUGUUCUGAGUGCGGGAAAUGUUUUACACAGAAAUCAGAUCUUGUUAUACAUCAGAGAAUUCACACAAGUAAGAAGCCAUUCCAUGCUCUGAAUGUGGGAAAUGUUGUAACCGUAGUUCAGGUCUGAAAAGACAUCAGAAGAUCCAUAGGAAACAGGAACCAUGUUCUAGCUCUUAAAGUGGGAAAAGUUUCAGUCAAAUGUGAAAGUAUAUAAAACAAGUUGUACAGGAGAAAAACUAAUGUUGAUCUGAAUGUUGUAAAUGGUUUUACAUUUAUCGCAAAAGAUUAUCAAUAUAACCAAUAUUCUUACAUGGAAAGUCUGUUAAAGUUACACACACACAGGUCUGAAAAAACAACUGGAAUCAACAUCAUUGACAGAGACCCCACAGGCAGCGGGCGUGUUCCUUACUAUAGAGAUACCCCAUAUUCAUGUUCCUAGUGGGGAAUGUCCUAUGGGCAGAAAGUAACCUAUGGAUGUAUGAGAGAACCAUCAGGUAGCGGGCGUGUUCCUUACUAUAGAGAUGCAGCUUACAGUCAGAACCUUGCUUUGCUUAAUAAUGAUACAGUGAAUAGAAACUUUACAUGCAAGUUGAAGCUUUUUUUUCCCCCAAUCUCGUUUUUUGGUGACAAAAAUAACUCGGUGGAUACACUAUACACAGUAUGUAGCCUCUAAUUCAGGGGUUCUCAAACUCGGUCCUCAGGACCCCACACAGUACAUGUUUUGCAGGUAACCCAGCAAGUGCACAGGUGUAUUAAUUACUCACAGGCACAUUUAAAAAGUCCACAGGUGGAGCUAAUUAUUUCACUUGUGAUUCUGUG